AUGCCAAACAAGACCGUCUUGAUCACCGGCAGUAACCGAGGUCUGGGGCUCUCGUUCGCAAAGUACUACGCCAAAGCGGGGUGGGACGUCAUUGCGACAACUCGCAAAGGAGCCAACCUUGACGAGUUGACGGCGCUGUCGCCCUUCAAGAUCAUUUCCUUGGACGUGCGAGAUGAGUCGUCGGUGCUUCAGAUGGCCCAAGAGCUCGAGGAGAUGCUGAUCGAUCUUGUCAUCAACAACGCUGGCACGUUUACCGGCAGUGGGAACAUGACGUCGACCACCAAGGACGCGCUCAUGACGGAGUUUGAAGUUCACGCCGUAGGUCCGUUCCAAGUGACGCGUUCAUUGCUGCCAAACCUGAAGUUGGGGGCGAAGUGGAAUGGCAAGAACGGGGCUCUGGUGGCGCAUUUGCCGUCGGUCUGGGCCAGCAUCGAGACUGGCAGCGGUCCGUACGCCUACGCGGCGUCAAAGGCGGCCCUGCACAUGAUCAACCACCGCAUGGCUGACGAGAUGAAGCGCCACCACAUCGCUGCAAUUCUGCUGGACCCAGGCUACUACGAACGCGAGGCGGAUCGAGUCGUGGCCGCCAUGGCGCGUAUCAUCGAGAAGUCGAAGCUGAAUGACACCGGCAAGUUUUUCCACUUUGAGGGGCACGAGAUCCCGUGGUGA